AUGUCCCUCAUCAACCUCCAGAUUCCAGACGAAUACCGCGAUCAGCUCGAACGAGCAGAGCCGCUGGACAACAGAACCAACGAGCAGAUUAUCUCCUCCCUCUCAAGCUAUCAGCCGGUCACGUCCGAGAAAAACAUCUGGGCCUUCUGGCAUGCCGGGCUGGAUGCAAUGCCCGCCUGGUGCCAGCGCAAUGUAGCAGACUGGCAACGCGUCUGCGGGCCGUCAUGGACGAUCCGUGUCCUCGACACCGUCCCUGGCUCGCCCAACCAUGCACUCCAAUAUAUUCCUCCAGAACUCCUUCCCGAAACGUUUGUGAACAGUACAAUGGACGGUCCGUAUACUGGACCCCAUAGCGCCGAUUUCCUGCGCGGCGCCUGUCUUCUUCUCCACGGCGGGGUGUUCAUGGAUGUAGGCAUUAUUCUGACCCGAUCGCUGGACCGGAUCUGCUGGGCUCAGCUAGAGGACCCUUGCACGCCUUUCAAUGUCUCUGUACCCUGGAUGUAUGGAACAACAAUGGCGAACCAUUUCGUUGCGAGCCGCAAGGGCGACCCUUUCAUCCGACGGUGGCAUGAGCUCUUCCUGUAUGUGUGGAAAGACCGCACUAACUUCCAGGGACUCACGAAGCACCCGUUAUUUGCGUUUGCCGCACAUCUGGACUUCUCUGCGUCGGCAAAGAGGGGUUUCAAGUGGGAGUUUAUUGUUGAUCCGGCUACGGUGUUCGACUACAUUUCGCAGGUUUUGGCUUGGAUUCGACUGACAAUGUUGGAAGACGCGGGAGACGGGUUCAGCUGUGCUGAUUAUGCUGUCAACAAUAUCCUCUGGUUCGAUGUCCUGCCUGAGAACUGGGGGUUUGAGGAGAAAGUCGGUUUUCGUGGAGAGAAUCUGUUUAGGAUCAUGGCCACACGGACAGAUGGCGAUCCGGAGAGCGAAGAGUACAAGAAGGCGCACGAGGUUGUCUGGCACUUCUUGUCCCAGUGCAGCAUGCAAAAGAUCACGCACGGGGAGAAUUUGACGAAGACGCCCGCGCUAGGUUCAUUGUGGGAUAGGGAGGAGAAUCAGGGCAAGGAUAUCGAGCCAGGGACUUUUGCUGAGCUGCUCAGAUACGGAACAACACAUUUUAAGCAGACGAGAAGUACAAUUCGCUAUGUGACUGUGGAGAAGCCGAAGGAGACGAUGCGGAAGGGCGUCUUUGAGCCCUAA